UUGAAUAUCACACUUUUCAGGUGGGAUAGACACUGAUUUCCUCCUAGGAUAUUCUACACCUUAUUGUGUGAGACUCAAAUGGCAGAACAGAUGUUCCUUGGACUUCCUAGCAUCUUGUCAAGUGCACGUUGUCCUGAUCCAAAACUCUGGAAAGUACUUUCCUAAGCAUUUUAUGCCACUUGGGGAGAAAGUAGGCUAACAAUAACCACAGAGUCAGAGAAUCCUAGAAAGGAUUGGUCCCCAAGGGCAGGGCACCAGUCCUGUUUGCAUGACAGAAGCUCCUGAGAUGUUGUCUUACCUUAAGUCUAUACAUCAAUAUGUUUGAGAAAUUUCCCAGAUGUUUGUUAAUAGCUAGUUUACCCCUUCUUGCAAAUAAAGAUCAAGUCCCUCAAUUACUUGUGCAUAGUAUGACUUCCAGAUAUUUGUUAAUAAAAUUUACCAGUGAAGUUGCCCAAGAAGCCAUCAAGUCAAAAGCUGGUUGGCAACAGUGCAAGAAUGGAGCUCAAGUCAGUCUUCUUUUGCCUGGUCAGGGCCCAAGUACCUGGCCCCAGCUGCCUCCACCCCUCCAGCUCUCAGGAUCACAGCCUUGCAUUGGUGGAAUUAUUUUCUUUUAAGGCUCACCUUUUUUUUGCCCUUCCAUAACUUACCUUUUUUUCUCCUUCUUUUGUUUUGAGAUAAAAUCUGGCUUGGAGGUUAUACAUGGUGAAAGAAACAUUGAUACCAAGAACUUGACAAGGAUGAAAGUGGACAAGUCAAUUAUUCACCCUUAUUUUGACAGCUGGUUCUUGGAUAAUGACAUUGCUUUGCUCUUACUCAAAUCUCCAUUUAAAUUGGGUGUCAAGGAAGUACCCAUCUGCCUGUCAGAGGUUAAUGACAUACAGAAAUGGAGAAACUGCUGGGUGACUGGAUGGGGCAUUACCAUUCCUAUGCAAGAUACGACUUCACGGCUGCAAAAAGUCAACAUCAAGCUGGUCAAAUGGGAAACAUGCUCCCAUAAGGUGCCUAUACUCACUAGGAACAUGCUGUGUGCUGGGAGCCCUCAAGGUGGGAAGGACGCCUGCCAGCUAAUCCUUGAGAUCUACAGAUUUGGUCUUCAGAAAGAUCCUGUCACCUCCAUACCUACCACCUGGUCCAGAGCCUCAGUAAAUACUGCUUUGAGCUCUCAGAGAUCAUGUGCAACAAUGCUAUGAUUGAGGAUCAGGAAAUCAUUGAAGUAGAAAUGUCCUAAAGAGAGGUGGUAAAGAUACACAUAGCUAAAUGAGUUGUAGUAGUCAAGACACUUUUGAAUGCAAACAAUAGAAACUCAACCUGAAGCAAAAAAAAGGGGGGGGGGGAAUGAUAAAUAUACUGGGGUAGCACAGAACCAAAGGAAUUACCAUUCUAGUAAACAGUUGUCUGAAAGUUUGACUUAGUCCAAGAUGACAUUUUGUACCAUCUGGAAGAGUGGGCGGACCAUCCUUCUUGCAAUCAGUCAUGAGCAUAAUUUUUCCAACCAAGCAAGACAUGAUAAGUAGCAUUCUUUUCUAGGCAACUCAGCACAUUUUUGAAGAGAAAGGGAAAAAUAUACUCAAAAAGAUGGGUGUUUUUAUAUGAGUUUGCCUUAAGUAGAAUUCCUUGAGCUAUGAAUAACAACAAAAUAAAACAAAAAGGAGAAAUAUUUUCUGCAUAUGCAUUCUGAAAGGGAAGAAAAGAAAGUAUGAAAAAAGUUUCUCUCUGCUGACUUUCAUUGGCUGUAUGAGAACAGGACAGGUUGGCCACCAUCCGAAUCUAGAGAGAGUGAGGUGAAGAAGCAUUUCAGUGGAUGAGGGCAGAGAGAAUUGAUAUACAGCUGUUUUGCCAAAACUGCAGUGUUACCCCAAACUUUUGGCUGUUGGUAAGCAGGGAAAUACGACUACAAGUAGAUGGGUUACUGCUCCUGAGAAAGGUAGGUUUACAAAUAAUUUCCUCUUUUUUGUGAAAGAAGUAACAGCAAUUUGGCCUUCAAGUUCAGAAGGUAGAGUCUAGGAGAGACUGAGAGGUCACAGUGUUGUGCCCUCUGCUCAGGGCAGCGGCUGACAGAGAAGUUGAAACAGCCUGGCCUCUCAGCCAGGAUCCUAUGAAAGGGAGUGUGUGCUGGAAGAGGGCUGCUUAGCCUCCAUUGCAAAGCAGGUUGUCAAACUUUCCAAUUUUUGCCAAUUCCGUAAAGAAGAAAUAAGAGUUCAAACUAGUAAUUUUUUUCUUCAAACUGAGGUAUAAUUUACAUAGAGAGACAUGCCCUGACCUUAACUUUAUAGUUUGAUAAGUUUUUAAUAAUACUUAUAGCCAUGUAAUCCACACCCCUAUAAAGGUAUAGAGCAUUUCCACCACCGUAGAAAGACCACUCCAAGCCCUUCCCCUACCAAUCCCAACUUACUCCCACCCUCUUUCCCUUCCACCAGAUCAAACACCAUUCUGGUUUCUUUCAGUUCUUUCAGUGUGUAUUAGUUUUUCCUGUCAUAGAACUUUUUUAAAAAUGGAACACCAUGUUAUAUACUUUUUUUGUGCCUGUUUUCCUUACCUUAACAUAUUUUUGAGGUUCGUUUAUGUUGUUGCAUGUAUCUGUAGCUCUCCCCUUAUUACUGUAGAGUAGUAUUCCGUACCGCAAUUUAUUUAUGCAUUCCAUUUUGAUGGACACAUAAGUUGCUUAUAAUUAGGGGCUAUUAUAAAGAAAAUACUACUACAAAGGGUCUUGUAACAAAUAUUUCUGUGUAUAUGUUUUCAUUUCUGUUGGGUAAACAAGAUGUAAAAUUUCUGGGUCAUAGAAUAGGUGUAUAUUUAACUUUAUGAGAAAUUACCAGGUAAAUAUCACAGUUAUUUUAUAUUGUCCACCCUGCAAUCCAAGUAACAGACGAGAAUUCGAGUGGCUCCACAUCUUUGCCAACAUUUGGUAUUAUCAGUCUUUUUAAUUUCUCUAUUCUGUGGGUGUGAAGUGGUAUCUCAUUUCCCCCUAAUGGGGUUGAAAAUGUUUUCAUAUGCUUACUAACCAUUUGUAUAACUCUUUUUGCGAAAUGCCUAUUAAAGUAUUUUUCCCAUUUUUAA